CCGGUUACUAGGACGAUCAUGCGUUUGAUUUUCGUCGCGGUCUUGGCUGCUUUUCUGGCCCUCGCAGCGGCCCAAUCCCAAUCUAAAACGGCAACGGCCGUGGCUACCCCGGAUAUAAAACCACAGCCAUGUUGUGAAAGUGUUAGACAAACUCUGAUUGAAAUUCGAAAAGAUAUUCGCUUGUGGCUGCUGGAUCGGCUUUUCGGAAAGUUACUUCUCCUGCACGAUGGAGAAUUGCUUGGAAAUCCGAACUAUGUGAAUUGUGCCAACGGGAAAAAGGUACUUGAACUCUCCGAUGAGAGCUCUAAGACUUUAGAUAACGGGGUAACAACUAAAUCCUCAACAACAACCACCACGACAACAACAUCGAAUGACGGUAAAUCCACAGACUCCACAGCUCCAGCAGUGAAAAAUGCUCAGGGAGGCUCCUCCACAACAACCACGACCAAAUCUUCGGAUGCUGCCCAGUCCAGCACUAAUUCUGACCCUAUUGUGAAAGUUACUCAGGGAAGCUCCUCAAACGGUGAUGAAAAGUCCAGCCAAUCCACGACCACAACGACGACAACCUCGAAUGAGAGUAAAUCCACUGACACGACUGCUCCAGUUGUAGAAGUCACUCAGGGAAGCUCCUCGAAUGGAAAUGGAAACUCCAGUCAGUUUUCGUCCACAACAACCACGACCACAUCUUCCGAUGAGGGCCAGUCCAGCACUACUUCUGACCCUAUUGUGAAAGUCACUCAGGAAAGCUCAUCGAACGGUGAUGGAAACUCCAGCCAAUCCACGACCACAACCACAACGACAACAACCUCGAAUGAAGGUCAAUCCACCGACACGACUGCUCCAGUUGUUAAAGUCACUCAGGGAAGCUCAUCGAAUGGAAGUGGAAACUCCAGUCAGUCUUCGUCCACAACAACCACGACCACAUCUUCCGAUGAGGGCCAGUCGAGCACUGCUUCUGACCCUAUUUUGAAAGUCACUCAGGGAAGCUCCUCGAACGGUGGCGGAAACUCUACUCAAUCCACGACCACAACCACAACGACGACAACCUCGAAUCAAGGUCAAUCCACCGACACGACUGCUCCAGUUGUAGAAGUCACUCAGGGAAGCUCCUCGAAUGGAAAUGGAAACUCCAUUCAGUCUUCGUCCACAACAACCACGACCACUUCUUCCGAUGAGGGCCAGUCCAGCACUACUUCUGACCCUAUUGUGAAAGUCACUCAGGGGAGCUCAUCGAACGGUGGCGGAAACUCCAGCCAAUCCACGACCACGUCCACAACGACAACAACCUCGAAUGAAGUUCAAUCCACCGACACGACUGCCCCAGUUGUUAAAGUCACUCAGGGAAGCUCCUCGAAUGAAAAUGGAAAAUCCAGUCAGUCUACGUCCACAACAACCACGACCACAUCUUCCGAUGAGGGCCAGUCCAGCCCUACUUCUGACCCUAUUGUGAAAGUCACUCAAGAAAGCUCAUCGAACGGUGAUGGAAACUCCAGCCAAUCCACGACCACAACCACAACGACAACAACAUCGAAUGAAGGUCAAUCCACCGACACGACUGCUCCAGUUGUUAAAGUCACUCAGGGAAGCUCCUCGAAUGGAAGUGGAAACUCUAGUCAGUCUUCGUCCACAACAACCACGACCACAUCUUCCGAUGAGGGCCAGUCGAGCACUGCUUCUGACCCUAUUUUGGAAGUCACUCAGGGAAGCUCCUCGAACGGUGGCGAAAUCUCUACUCAAUCCACGACCACAACCACAACGACGAAAACCUUGAAUCAAGGUCAUUCCACCGACACGACUGCUCCAGUUGUAGAAGUCACUCAGGGAAGCUCCUUGAAUGGAAAUGGAAACUCCAGUCAGUCUUCGUCCACAACAACCACGACCACAUCUUCCGAUGAGGGCCAGUCGAACACUGCUUCUGACCCUAUUGUGGAAGUCACUCAGGGAAGCUCCUCGAACGGUGGCGGAAACUCUACUCAAUCCACGACCACAACCACAACGACGACAACCUCGAAUGAAGGUCAAUCCACCGACACGACUGCUCCAGUUGUUAAAGUCACUCAGGGAAGCUCCUCGAAUGGAAGUGGAAACUCCAGUCAGUCUUCGUCCACAACAACCACGACCACAUCUUCCGAUGAGGGCCCGUCGAGCACUACUUCGGACCCUAUUGUGGAAGUCACUCAGGGAAGCUCCUCGAACGGUGGCGGAAACUCUACUCAAUCUACGACCAUAACCACAACGACCACAACCUCGAAUGAAAGUCAAUCCACCGACACGACUACUCCAGUUGUUAAAGUCACUCAGGGAAGCUCCUCGAAUGGAAAUGGAAACUCCAGUCAGUCUACGUCCACAACAACCACGACCACAUCUUCCGAUGAGGGCCAGUCGAGCACUACUUCUGACCCUAUUGUGGAAGUCACUCAGGGAAGCUCCUCGAACGGUGGCGGAAACUCUACUCAAUCCACGACCACAACCACAACGACGACAACCUCGAAUGAAGGUCAAUCCACCGACACGACUGCUCCAGUUGUUCAAGUCACUCAGGGAAGCUCCUCGAAUGGAAGUGGAAACUCCAGUCAGUCUUCGUCCACAACAACCACGACCACAUCUUCCGAUGAGGGCCAGUCGAGCACUAAUUCGGACCCUAUUGUGGAAGUCACUCAGGGAAGCUCCUCGAACGGUGGCGGAAACUCUACUCAAUCUACGACCAUAACCACAACGACCACAACCUCGAAUGAAAGUCAAUCCACCGACACGACUACUCCAGUUGUUAAAGUCACUCAGGGAAGCUCCUCGAAUGGAAGUGGAAACUCCAGUCAGUCUUCGUCCACAACAACCACGACCACAUCUUCCGAUGGGGGCCAGUCGAGCACUGCUUCUGACCCUAUUGUGGAAGUCACUCAGGGAAGCUCCUCGAACGGUGAUGGAAACUCCAGCCAAUCCACGACCACAACGACGACAACCUCGAAUGAGAGUAAAUCCACUGACACGACUGCUCCAGUUGUAGAACUCACUCAGGGAAGCUCCUCGAAUGGAAAUGGAAACUCCAGUCAGUCUUCGUCCACAACAACCACGACCACAUCUUCCGAUGAGGGCCAGUCCAGCACUACUUCUGACCCUAUUGUGAAAGUCACUCAGGGGAGCUCCUCGAACGGUGGCGGAAACUCCAGCAAAUCCACGACCACGUCCACAACGACGACAACCUCGAAUGAAGUUCAAUCCACCGACACGACUGCUCCAGUUGUUAAAGUCACUCAGGGAAGCUCCUCGAAUGGAAGUGGAAACUCUAGUCAGUCUUCGUCCACAACAACCACGACCACAUCUUCCGAUGAGGGCCAGUCGAGCACUGCUUCUGACCCUAUUUUGGAAGUCACUCAGGGAAGCUCCUCGAACGGUGGCGAAAUCUCUACUCAAUCCACGACCACAACCACAACGACGAAAACCUUGAAUCAAGGUCAUUCCACCGACACGACUGCUCCAGUUGUAGAAGUCACUCAGGGAAGCUCCUUGAAUGGAAAUGGAAACUCCAGUCAGUCUUCGUCCACAACAACCACGACCACAUCUUCCGAUGAGGGCCAGUCGAACACUGCUUCUGACCCUAUUGUGGAAGUCACUCAGGGAAGCUCCUCGAACGGUGGCGGAAACUCUACUCAAUCCACGACCACAACCACAACGACGACAACCUCGAAUGAAGGUCAAUCCACCGACACGACUGCUCCAGUUGUUAAAGUCACUCAGGGAAGCUCCUCGAAUGGAAGUGGAAACUCCAGUCAGUCUUCGUCCACAACAACCACGACCACAUCUUCCGAUGAGGGCCAGUCGAGCACUACUUCGGACCCUAUUGUGGAAGUCACUCAGGGAAGCUCCUCGAACGGUGGCGGAAACUCUACUCAAUCUACGACCAUAACCACAACGACCACAACCUCGAAUGAAAGUCAAUCCACCGACACGACUACUCCAGUUGUUAAAGUCACUCAGGGAAGCUCCUCGAAUGGAAAUGGAAACUCCAGUCAGUCUACGUCCACAACAACCACGACCACAUCUUCCGAUGAGGGCCAGUCGAGCACUACUUCUGACCCUAUUGUGGAAGUCACUCAGGGAAGCUCCUCGAACGGUGGCGGAAACUCUACUCAAUCCACGACCACAACCACAACGACGACAACCUCGAAUGAAGGUCAAUCCACCGACACGACUGCUCCAGUUGUUCAAGUCACUCAGGGAAGCUCCUCGAAUGGAAGUGGAAACUCCAGUCAGUCUUCGUCCACAACAACCACGACCACAUCUUCCGAUGAGGGCCAGUCGAGCACUAAUUCGGACCCUAUUGUGGAAGUCACUCAGGGAAGCUCCUCGAACGGUGGCGGAAACUCUACUCAAUCUACGACCAUAACCACAACGACCACAACCUCGAAUGAAAGUCAAUCCACCGACACGACUACUCCAGUUGUUAAAGUCACUCAGGGAAGCUCCUCGAAUGGAAGUGGAAACUCCAGUCAGUCUUCGUCCACAACAACCACGACCACAUCUUCCGAUGGGGGCCAGUCGAGCACUGCUUCUGACCCUAUUGUGGAAGUCACUCAGGGAAGCUCCUCGAACGGUGAUGGAAACUCCAGCCAAUCCACGACCACAACGACGACAACCUCGAAUGAGAGUAAAUCCACUGACACGACUGCUCCAGUUGUAGAACUCACUCAGGGAAGCUCCUCGAAUGGAAAUGGAAACUCCAGUCAGUCUUCGUCCACAACAACCACGACCACAUCUUCCGAUGAGGGCCAGUCCAGCACUACUUCUGACCCUAUUGUGAAAGUCACUCAGGGGAGCUCCUCGAACGGUGGCGGAAACUCCAGCAAAUCCACGACCACGUCCACAACGACGACAACCUCGAAUGAAGUUCAAUCCACCGACACGACUGCUCCAGUUGUUAAAGUCACUCAGGGAAGCUCCUCGAAUGCAAAUGGAAACUUCAGUCAGUCUACGUCCACAACAACCACGACCACAUCUUCCGAUGAGGGCCAGUCGAGCACUGCUUCUGACCCUAUUGUGGAAGUCACUCAGGGAAGCUCCUCGAACGGUGGCGGAAACUCUACUCAAUCCACGACCACAACCACAACGACAACAACCUCGAGUGAAGGUCAAUCCACCAACACGACUGCUCCAGUUGUUAAAGUCACUCAGGGAAGCUCCUCGAAUGGAAGUGGAAACUCCAGUCAGUCUUCGUCCACAACAACCACGACCACAUCUUCCGAUGAGGGCCAGUCCAGCACCACUACUGACCCUAUUGUGAAAGUCACUCAGGGAAGCUCCUCUAACGGUGAUGGAAACUCCAGCCCAUCCACGACCACAACCACAACGACAACAACCUCGAAUGAAGGUCAAUCCACCAACACGACUGCUCCAGUUGUAGAAGUCACUCAGGGAAGCUUCUCGAAUGGAAAUGGAAACUCCAGUCAGUCUUCGUCCACAACAACCACGAGCACUGCUUCUGACCCUAUUGUGGAAGUCACUCAGGGAAGCUCCUCGAACGGUGGCGGAAACUCUACUCAAUCCACGACCACAACCACAACGACGACAACCUCGAAUGAAGGUCAAUCCACCGACACGACUGCUCCAGUUGUAGAAGUCACUCAGGGAAGCUCCUCGAAUGGAAAUGGAAACUCCAGUCAGUCUACGUCCACAACAACCACGACCACAUCUUCCGAUGAGGGCCAGUCGAGCACUACUUCUGACCCUAUUGUGGAAGUCACUCAGGGAAGCUCCUCGAACGGUGGCGGAAUCUCUACUCAAUCCACGACCACAACCACAACGACGACAACCUCGAAUGAAGGUCAAUCCACCGACACGACUGCUCCAGUUGUUCAAGUCACUCAGGGAAGCUCCUCGAAUGGAAGUGGAAACUCCAGUCAGUCUUCGUCCACAACAACCACGACCACAUCUUCCGAUGAGGGCCAGUCGAGCACUACUUCGGACCCUAUUGUGGAAGUCACUCAGGGAAGCUCCUCGAACGGUGGCGGAAACUCUACUCAAUCUACGACCAUAACCACAACGACCACAACCUCGAAUGAAAGUCAAUCCACCGACACGACUACUCCAGUUGUUAAAGUCACUCAGGGAAGCUCCUCGAAUGGAAGUGGAAACUCCAGUCAGUCUUCGUCCACAACAACCACGACCACAUCUUCCGAUGAGGGCCAGUCCAGCACCACUACUGACCCUAUUGUGAAAGUCACUCAGGGAAGCUCCUCUAACGGUGAUGGAAACUCCAGCCAAUCGACGACCAUAACCACAACGACAACAACCUCGAAUGAAGGUCAAUCCACCAACACGACUGCUCCAGUUGUUAAAGUCACUCAGGGAAGCUCCUCGUACGGAAAUGGAAACUCCAGUCAGUCUUCGUCCACAAUAACCACGACCACUUCUUCCGAUGAGGGCCAGUCAAGCACUGCUUCUGGCCCUAUUGUGCAAGUCACGAAGGGCAGCUCCUCAAACGGUGAUGGAGAAUCCAGCCAAUCUACGGCCACAACCACAACGACAACAACCUCGAAUGAGGGUCAAUCUAAAGAAUCCACGCCGGUAGAUUCCAGUAUUUUAGUUAAAGGCGGAACACAAGGCUCAAAGUGGACUAAGACCACAAAAACUUAUUCGUCAAAGACCUCUAAGAUCCCCAAGUCAAAAGGUAACUCGAAUUCCAGCUCUACCGAAACAACGACAACUGUAACAUCAAGCUCCUCCGAGUCACCUAAGAUCAGACACUCCUGGUCGAAGUUAUGGAAGAAAACAUCCCAUGGUGGCAAGGCUAAAAAAUAUUGGGCCAAGCGGUGGGCAAACAUAGCCCGCAAAAAUAAAACCGAGAGUUUCUCUGUUGACGGAGGAGAAUCGUCUGACUCAAUAGCCGAUGCUGUUGUUGAUCUCAAUCAAGGUUCAAACCAAUUAUCUCCAUCAGGAGAUUGGAGCCAGUCAUCCACAACUACUACUAUAACAUCAACCAACGGAAGCGAUCAGUCAACUGCUUCAUCUGUGCCUGUAGUCGAUGCCAGUGUAGUGGUUAAAGGCGACAAAUCAAGCUCAACCACGACUGGAACUACAAAAACGUAUUCGUCAAAAACCCCCAAGAUUCCAAAGUCUGUUGGAAAAUCGAGCACCACCUCUAGCGAAACUACAACAACUACAACUUUAAGCACUUCGACACCUAAGAUCAAGCACUCCUGGUCGAGUUCAUCGAAGAAAUCUGUCAAUGGUGGAAACUCUAGCGAGACAUCGUCGACCACGACAACAACGACUUCUUCAGAUAAGAAUGAUUCUGCAGUUGAUGCCAGCCUUUCACUUAACGGUGGAAAAUCAAGCACAACAUCGUCAACAACGACCACGACAACAUCUAACUCAGAAGGAAAACUGUCUGAUAGCUUGACUCUUCCUGUACUUGACGCCAGCCUUUCGCUGAAUGGCGGAGAUUUGGGCUCGAAAUCUUCAACGACGACUACAACGACCACCACCAAAGGAAGCAAGUCGUCAAGUACCUCAUCGCUACCUGCAGUUGAUGCCAGCCUUUCACUUAAUGGUGGAAAAUCAAGCACAACAUCGUCCACAACGACCACGACAACAUCUAACUCAGGAGGAAAACUGUCUGAUAGCUUGACUCUUCCUGUACUUGACGCCAGCAUUUCCUUGAAUGGCGGAGAUUUGGGCUCCAAAUCUACAACAACGACUACAACAACCACAACCAAGGGAAGCAAGUCGUCAAGUACCUCAUCGCUACCUGCAGUUGAUGCCAGCCUUUCACUUAAUGGUGGAAAAUCAAGCAUAACAUCGUCAACAACGACCACGACAACAUCUAACUCAGAAGGAAAACUGUAUGAUAGCUUGACUCUUCCUGUACUUGACGCCAGCCUUUCGCUGAAUGGGGGAGAUUUGGGCUCGAAAUCUUCAACAACGACUACAACAACCACCACCAAAGGAAGCAAGUCGUCAAGUACCUCAUCGCUACCUGCAGUUGAUGCCAGCCUUUCACUUAAUGGUGGAAAAUCAAGCACAACAUCGUCCACAACGACCACGACAACAUCUAACUCAGGAGGAAAACUGUCUGAUAGCUUGACUCUUCCUGUAUUUGACGCCAGCAUUUCGCUAAAUGGCGGAGAUUUGGCAUCGAAAUCUUCAACAACGACUAAAACAACCACCACCAAGGGAAGCAAGUCGUCAAGUACCUCAUCACUACCUGUAGUUGAUGCCAGCAUUUCACUUAAUGGUGGAAAAUCAAGCACAACAUCGUCAACAACGACCACGACAACAUCUAACUCAGAAGGAAAACUGUCUGAUAGCUUGACUCUUCCUGUACUUGACGCCAGCCUUUCGCUGAAUGGCGGAGAUUUGGGCUCGAAAUCUUCAAUAACGACUACAACAACCACCACCAAAGAAAGCAAGUCGUCAAGUACCUCAUCGCUACCUGCAGUUGAUGCCAGCCUUUCACUUAAUGGUGGAAAAUCAAGCACAACAUCGUCAACAACGACCACGACAACAUCUAACUCAGGAGGAAAACUGUCUGAUAGCUUGACUCUUCCUGUACUUGACGCCAGCAUUUCCUUGAAUGGCGGAGAUUUGGGCUCCAAAUCUACAACAACGACUACAACAACCACAACCAAGGGAAGCAAGUCGUCAGGUACCUCAUCGCUACCUGCAGUUGAUGCCAGCCUUUCACUUAAUGGUGGAAAAUCAAGCACAACAUCGUCAACAACGACCACAACAACAUCCAACUCAGGAGGAAAACUGUCUGAUAGCUUGACUCUUCCUGUACUUGACGCCAGCAUUUCCUUGAAUGGCGGAGAUUUGAGCUCGAAAUCUUCAACAACGACUACAACAACCACCACCAAGGGAAGCAAGUCGACAAGUACCUCAUCGCUACCUGCAGUUGAUGCCAGCCUUUCACUAAAUGGUGGAAAAUCAAGCACAACAUCGUCAACAACGACCACGACAACAUUUAACUCAGGUGGAAAACUGUCUGAUAGCUUGACUCUUCCUGUACUUGACGCCAGCAUUUCCCUGAAGGGCGGAGAUUUGGGCUCGAAAUCUUCAACAACGACUACAACAACCACCACCAAGGGAAGCAAGUCGUCAAGUACCCCAUCGCUACCUGCUGUUGAUGCAAGCCUUUCACUUAAUGGCGGAAAAUCAAGCACAACAUCGUCAACAACGACCACAACAACAUCCAACUCAGGAGGAAAACUGUCUGAUAGCUUGACUCUUCCUGUACUUGACGCCAGCAUUUCCUUGAAGGGCGGAGAUUUGGGCUCGAAAUCUUCAACAACGACUACAACAACCACCACCAAAGGAAGCAAGUCGACAAGUACCUCAUCACUACCUGUAGUUGAUGCCAGCAUUUCACUUAAUGGUGGAAAAUCAAGCACAACUUCGUCAACAACGACCACAACCAUAUCCACCACGGGAGGAAAAUUGGCAGACAGCUUGACUCUACCUGUAGUUGACGCCAGCAUAGCAUUUAAUGACGGUAAGUCGAGCUCAACCUCGACCAAAACGACAAAAACCUAUACCUCGAACCACUCAAAAGUUCCAGAUUCAAAUGGAAAGUCUAGUUCAAGCAAAACUACAACUACAACCAUAACAUCAAAAACUGCAUCGGUGCCUAAGACUCAGACAAAAUACUCUUGGUCUAGUUCGUCGCAGAAAACAUCUAAUCCUAUCCGGCUAACCCUGCCAAUCCUUGAUGCAGGCAUCUCUGUAGGUGGAGGUGAUUCUUCGGGUUCCUGGUCAAAGCUGAUUAAAAGAAGCACCACAAAUGGUGUGACCGAUGGCAGUGAUGGCUCAUCAGUUUCAGGUUCUAUUGGUGGUGGAAGCGGAUCUCGAGGCACACAAUCCUGGUCCCAGCGCUCAGGAUUCUCCAGUGACAGAUCUAGUGACCAGGGAUCUUCAGACAUCCGUUUCCGUUUGGCUCGUGGCCGGUCCGCUCAAGAUGGGCAGUCGCAGAACUCCAAUUCCUGGACACAAGACAACAUUGGUUCCGAUAAUGAGGCGAUAUCCGUUGAUGGGCUGAAUGCGGAGCAGUUGGAGAGUUCCAGUGACGCAACUACACUCCAAGGUGGACCCUAUUGGUGGGGCAACCGACGUUGGAUGGGCGUUGGAGCCAGGCCGAGAUGGGGUUACCAAUGGAGUCCAUAUGGAAGCGGAUGGGGCGGUUGGAGCAAUCAAUAUUAA